CCCAGAGGGAGCCGCGGCCGGGCCAUGGGGCUGCUGGAGCAGUGCGAGGCGGCCUUCGGCUCCGCCGACCUGUACUGUGUGCUCGGUGUGCGGCGCCACGCCUCGGCCGACGAGAUCUGCCGCGGCUACCGCAAGGCGUCGCUGCGCGUCCACCCCGACCGUGUCGCCGCCGAGCGCCGCGAUGAGGCCACGCGGCACUUCCAGGUGCUGGGCCGGGCUUACGCGGUGUUGAGCGACCCCGAGCAGCGCGCCGUGUACGACGAGCAGGGCCUGGUGGACGAGGAGUCGGACGUGCGGAGCCAGGACCGCGACUGGGCCGAGUACUGGAGGCUGCUCUUCAAGAAGAUCACCAUAAAGGAUAUUCAGGAUUUUGAGAAGAAGUACAAAGGUUCAGAAGAAGAGCUGGCUGACAUUAAAUCAGCAUAUAAAGAUUUCAAAGGAGACAUGGACAAGCUUAUGGAAUCUGUGCUGUGUGUGGAUUAUACAGAUGAGCCCAGGAUAAGGAAGAUUAUACAGCAGGCCAUUGACUCGGGAGAGGUUCCAUCCUAUAAAGCCUUCAUUAAAGAAGCUAAGCAGAAAAUGAACGCAAGGAAAAGGAGGGCUGAAGAAGAAGCUAAAGAAGCAGAGAAGUCCAGGGAAGAACUAGGUCUUGGUGAAGGAGAAGAUGACUUGAAAGCACUUAUUCAAACUAGAAAUCAGAAUCGGAAAAAAGACAUGGACAACUUUCUGGCUCAGCUAGAAGCAAAAUAUGGAAAUAAAUCUAAAAAAGGAGGAAAGAAAACGGUACUGAAGAAAGGGAAGAAAUAAACAGUUUGAGUUCCCAGCCUCUUCUUUUGCCCGCAUGAGAACAUCUCAAUCUCAGUAAAUAUCUGCAAUCUUCCAGUUUAUCAGUAUAUGGAUGUAUCAAUCCUUGUAGAUGGAAAGAUAUGGCAAAACGCAUCCUGAAGCAAAUGUAGAUAAAUUCCCUGGCAACUUUUAAUGAAGGUUAAGUAGGUUCUUGAUAGCUUAAUAUAAGAAAGUAUUGUAAUAUUUGCUAAUUGGGAGGUGUAUGUCUGCUCGUAUUUGAGUUGUGUAAUACAUCAAACCCUGCCAACUGUCACUGGUAAGAACAGUGGUUUUAAGACGGAUCAGUUUAUACUGAAUCAGCAUUUAAGGUGUCCAGCCAUGUGAACCAACAUGUGUUAGUAAUUAAUUAGUUUCUUGUCUAAUCCUGUAUUCUUUUUUAUAGUCUCUGCACAGUUCUCAAUAGGGCAAGUUACUUUCAAAUAUGUCUGUGUUUUUAUAAAUAUAUUUCUGAAACUAGCUUUAAUAAAAUAAAUGAUGGUUUUGCAAAA